AUGAUAAUCCGUAAAUUGACGGUGUUUUUGCUCGCCCUCUGUGUGGCCACUUUGAUAGCGGCUUUGUGUCUCAAUGAUUGGCAUUGUGGAAGCCUUUUUGAGCAUUGUACUGCCGAGGGUGCUGAAGAUCGAGAUGCUAUGCUAGCAGUUAUGACAAUGCUGGUGAUUGGCGUGGUCUUCAUUUUUAUUGUCUUUCUUCUUGACGUGGUGUUGUUGUGCAGAAAAACCACUGCUACCGGACUAAUUACAGCUCGCUUUGUAUUCAUUUAUCUGGGAGCUGCUUUGGCAUUCAUAGCGGUUAUUGUUUACACAGCUAUUAAGAGUAACAUGUGGGGCUACUUCCUAGCCGUCUUCGCCUCCACCAUCUCCAUCGUUCUCGCGAUGAUGGCUGUGGUCUCCUCGAGGUGCGUGUCUCAAAGCGAAGUGGUCACCGUCCAUCACAACUGA